GCGAUCCGCCAGGCUCGCAGGGCCGUCCAUGCGCCGCGAUUGCGCCCGCCGAGGAUCCAGCCGCGCCGUGGGAUUGCAGCGAGCCGCUGGCAAUGGCCCUGUCCCUGCCGCGCACCUUGGGAGAACUCCAGCUGUAUCGUGUCCUCCAGCGAGCCAACCUUCUCUCCUACUAUGAGACCUUCAUCCAGCAGGGCGGCGAUGAUGUGCAGCAGCUGUGUGAGGCCGGCGAAGAGGAGUUCCUGGAGAUCAUGGCUUUGGUUGGCAUGGCGACCAAGCCGCUUCACGUCCGGCGCCUGCAGAAAGCCUUGCGGGAGUGGGCUACCAAUCCAGGGCUUUUCAAUCAGCCAGUGCCCUCCAUUCCCGUGAGCAGCAUACCUCUCUUCAAGAUCUCCGAGUCCGGGGGACACAAAUCACUCACCAAUGGGCACGCCAGUCCAGGAGAGACCCCCUCCAAGACGAGUGGGACAUCCCCUGCCAAGAGCCCCUCGGAGCCAAGAGAUAAGCUUUCUCCCUUGCCAGCCAUUCAGUGGAGCACCGCUGAGUCAGAAGAGGAGGGAGGGGUGUCCUCGCCCGUGGGGCACCCUUUGUCCACAGAACAUCUCGACCCGGAGCUGGUCCAGGUGGUGUCAGAAAGCGUGGAGCGGCUUUUGCGCAGCUGCCCUCGUGGGGGCGACGCUGAACUGAGGGCCCUCAUGAAGAUGAACAAGAAACUGGCCAAAACGGUGGGACAUAUCUUCCGCAUGGACAAUGGGGACCCCCGCAAAGAGGAAGAGAUCCGGCGCCACAGCGCCAUCUAUGGGCGAGGAGAAGCCCGGCGAUGUGAGAGCAAGCAGCUCACGUUGCAUGAGUUGACUAUCAACGAGGCUGCGGCUCAGUUCUGCCUGCGGGACCCUUCCCUGCUGCUGCGCCGAGUGGAGCUCUUUUCUCUCUCGCGCCAGGUGGCUCGAGAGAGCAGCUACCUGACCUCACUGAAGGGAUCCAGACUGCAUCCAGAUGUAGGUGGUCCUGGACAAGCCAAGAGACUCAAGCAAGAAGUUGCAGAGCACAGCCGGCCUGAUCUUCCCUUGGUCUGCGAACCGUUCCUUCCUCAGUACCGGUCCAGUGUGGAGGAGGAUACUGCCAGCUUGUCAGGGGAAAGCUUAGACGGACACCCACAAGCCACCGGCUCCUGUCCUCGACUGACUCCGCCCCCCAGUGCCGCCUCUGAGGCGCUGCUGGGCCUCCCGCCUCACGGGCUGUGGAGCCGCCACAUCCUCCAGCAGACUCUGAUGGACGAAGGCCUGCGGUUGGCUCGGCUGGUCUCUCAUGAGCGGGUGGGGCGGCUCAGCCCUUGCCUCCCUGGCAAGCCUCAGGGGCCAGGUAAGUAA